AUGAAGAUCGUUACUUUGAUGCUCAUUGCCUUCGUCAUACUCUUCUUGUCAGCUCCGAUCAAAGUUGCUGGUGAUUAUAAAUAAAUGGUCAAAUGCCACGAUGAGAUUGGAAACUGCUUAGGUGCCAUUCAUAAAGGAACCAAAUUGCCUGGUUACUGUUGUGGAAAACUCGUUAAGCCACAACCAUGUGCCUGUAAGUAUUUUAUCCAGAACCCUGUGUUACUUCCCAGACUUCUCAUUGCUUGUCGCGUUCCUCAUCCCAAAUGUUAA